AUGUCCGUUAAAUUGACUCAGUUCAUCAUAUUUUUUUUUAUCAAACUCAAUCUCUCUCUCUCUCUCUCUCUCUAUCUAUCUAUCUAUCUAUCUAUCGAUAUCACUCUGUUCAUAUCGAUAUCACGGUCUGUUUAUAUCUAUCUCCUCUGCUCAUAUCUAUUUCUGUUUAUAUCUAUCUCUAUCUAUCUAUCUAUCAUCGAUAUCUCUCAUCUAUUACACUUUUUAUCUAUCUAUCUAUCUAUCUAUCUAUCUAUCUCUAUCUGUUCAUAUCUAUCUCUAUUUCAAUCUAUCUAUCUAUCUAUCUAUCUAUCUCAUCAUAUCAUCUAUCUAUCUAUAUCUAUCUAUCUAUCAUCUAUCAUCUAUCUCUAUCUAUCUCACUCUGUUCAUAUCUAUCUCUAUUUCAUCUAUUCAUAUCAUGUAUCUAUCUAUCUAUCUAUCUAUCUAUCUAUCUAUCCAUCUAUCUAUCUAUUCAUAUCUAUCUCUCUGUUCAUUUAUCUCAAAUCUAUUCACAUGUAUCUAUGUAUAUCUGUCUCAUGUAUCAUAUCUGUCUAUCUAUCUAUCUAUCUCACCCUGUUCAUAUUCAUAUCUAUCUAUCUAUCUCAUCUCUGUUCCCUGUUCAUAUCUAUCUAUCUAUCUAUCUAUCUAUCUAUGAUCUAUGCUGAAAUUUCUAUCUAUCUAUCUAUCUAUCUAUCUAUCUAUGACAACCGCCUUUCUUUUCAUUUCCCGCACAGAAACUACAGCAUUUUUGUCGACCGUAGUCACAGGCGAUGGAAAACCCGUUCAUCACAGUAA